AUGGCUCCAGCAAACGUGCUCAUUACGGGCGGCUCUGGAUACAUAGGCGGCACUCUCCUGUGGCACCUCACUCAGCACAAGGAACCCUCCAUCCCCACCUCAUCAACCCUCUACUCUCUCGUGCGCAGCGAGGAUCAAGCCAACCAGACGAAAACAGUCUACGGCAUCGAACCGCUGGCUCUCGAUCUCUCUUCUGAAGAAGACAUCUCUCUAGCUUUGGAGAAGCACAGCAUCCACAUCGUCGUUUUCCUCAUCGAUUCCCGGUCGAGCAAUGUGGCACUCCGCUUCAUCAAGGCGCUUGAGAAGCUGCAGCGAAGAACUGGCGUGCAGACGCAUUUCGUCUACGCUUCGGGCGCCAAGGGGUUUAGUAGCCAUGUCGACUUCCCACUGGAGCCGCCGGUGAGCGACGAGGACGAGAGGAUGUAUGCCAUUCAGAAGGGCCAGGAGAGCUGCACGAAGAAAGGGAGAGUGAUUCCGACAGCCAACAACGCCAUUAUCGAAGCCGCCGAAGCACACGGCGUGCGGGCAUACGUCGUCGUACCAUGCAUCGUCUACGGAGAAGGUGAGGGAUUCGGCAAGAAGGUCUCGAUCCAGACUGUUGCCGUGGUGAAAGCUGCGCGUGCGAAAAGGAAGAUGUACAGCGUGACGCCUGGGCGAGCGAUCUGGCCCGUUUGUCAUAUCCGCGAUCAGGCCUCGAUGCUAGCCUGCCUGUUGAAGAACAUUCUCACCGGCGCCAAGGUAGGCCACAAUAGAAACGGCUACUUUCUAGCCUCCCCUGGCUCGGUGGCGUGGGACGACAUUUACGCUGCAAUGGGCGCAGCUCUGUUGCGACAUGGAAUAGUCGAUGACGAUAAAGUGAUCGAGGCAGACCAGGAGGCAUUGCAGCUCAUGGCGAAAGCUUUGGAAUGCACGCCAGAUACGGUCAGCUUGGAAAUGGGUGGAACGUGCACUUGGAUACCGAAGCAUGCAAAGAGUAUUGGUUGGGUGCCGACAUACAAACCCAAACAUAUUCUCGAGGCCGCAAAUGCUGAGGUCGACCUGAUUUUGCAAUAG